AUGCCCAUGUCUGACGUUCCAGCGAGCAAACAAGGCACGAGCCCAAGGCUUGAGAACCCACCGCGCGCAACAUCGCCAGUCCGUAUGAACCGCAAUGUCCCAAGUGUUUCUAUAGCCGGUUCACUGGCACAAGAACCCAGACUGGAGGCCAGCGGACAGACGGAUACAUAUGACGCAGUCAACCGUUACUUAUGGAAUGCAGUCCAUCUAAUCGAGGCUUCCCGUCGGGAAUGUAACAAAAUAUCGCAAAGCUACAGUGACCUUUUCGAAAGCUACAAAAUGCUAUGGGAUCAAAACCAACUGCUCGAGUCGAAGCUUUCCGCUGCUUUGGAUGCCAACACUCAGCUACGGGAUUCCAUCUCGACGAACGAGACACUGAAGGCGGCACUCGAGUUUGAACUCAAAGAAAUGGAGAAUGAGAAUGCCGCGUUUAAUGAAUGGCAUUGUCAAGAAAUCCAAGAUAAGGACGUCGAGAUUGCUAUAUUGGAGGAAGAACUAAAGGUGCUGCGUGAACAUGGUGAACUGUCUGGAAUGAAUGUUCCAAUCCCCAAGGCAUGA